AUGGCAACUCUUGAAGCAGAAUUGGUGAGUGUUGUUGACAUGGACAUGGAGACUAUUAGCUAUGAUGAUCUCCAUCGGAGAUAUGCCCAUACAAUGCAGAAAGUGCAAAAAGCCCUCGAAAACUAUUCCGAGUACAAUCUAAUUAUGGGUUGCAAUCAACUCGUCUUUGAGAUUAACAAGGAGAUAGUCAUGUUCCACCACUUCAUCCGUGGCAAGUACAGACUUCAGUUCCCAGAGCUUGAGUCACUGGUGCAAAACCCAAUCGAUUAUGCCCGUGUUGUGAAAAAAAUUGGCAGUGAUAUGGAUUUAACACUAGUUGAUCUACAAGGCCUUGUUCAACCUGCUACUGUCAUGACUGUUUCGUUUACUGCUUUAACCACAAAAGGGAAAUUGUUGCCACAUGAUACCCUGGAAAAGACCAUAGAUGUUUGUGAUCUGGCUCUUGAUCUUGAUGCUGCUCGGAAGAAGGUCUGCUACUUUGUUGAAACAAAUAAGGGAUCAAUCAUGGAGUCUGCUGGAGUUUCUGGGCUUGGGAUGUGUACUAGUAGACUCUAA